GGAUAAUUUAAAAGUUAUAAUUUUGAGCAUUUCACGACGUGGGCUACUUGCGGUUGCAUAUCCGACAUUUAAUGAAACUAACUUCAAAGAAACUCAAGAGGAGGACGAGGAGGACAAUCGGUUGAAAGCUAAAGAAACUCUCUACUUCCUGAAAACUGAAAUCCCAAACCGCCUGAAUGAAGAGGUUACUAAUUUAACCGAUAGUCAUAGAAAUCCCAAAAGCCUGCUCCUUUCAUAGUUGCCAUCGAUAUAAAGUAUAAACCAUUCUAUAUCACAUCAGAAUUAACCUACACCAAAUUACAAAAAUGUCAGCCGAAGAAUCGAAGAUCAAGAAUGUGGCUGUUGCUUCCUCCAUUGACACUCCAAGCAGCGAAGAAGAAAAAGAAGAAAUUAAAAGCGAAACAGGAACCGAUUUAGGGUUUUCCUUGGAUAUACUUAGCCUUGGUCCCAAAAAGAAACUGCUUGUGAUUCCUCUUGGAGGCCUCAUCGUUCGUCGAGCUCAUGUUCGCGAACGAUUCACCCUCCCCAAAAACCGCCGCCCUAAUUUAAGUUAUGGGAAAUUUAUGAUUUACAAGAGGCGUUAUUGUGAAGGAUUCUUGAAGUUUUGCUUUGAAAGAUUCGAAGUGGGACUAUGGUCAUCUGCGAUGGAGCAUAACAUACAAGCAGUUUUGAACCAUGUUACCGGAGACGUCAAAACCAAGUUCUUGUUCACAAUGGAUCAAAAGGAAUGCACGGAUACAGGGUUUACGUGUUUGAAGAAUAAGAACAAGCCGUUGUUUCUGAAACAACUUAAAUAUAUAUGGGAGAAGAAGUACCCUAAUGGAGAAUAUUCGGCAUCUAACACAUUAUUGAUUACUGAUCCUGAGAAAGCAAUUCUAAAUCCUCCUAACACUGCCAUUUUUCUGAAGGAGUAUGAUGUUAAGAAAAAGGAUGGUGAUUUUUUAGGUCCUGAUGGGGAGUUAAGAGCGUUUUUGGAUGGAGUUGCGGAAGCUAAAGAUGUGCAAAGUUAUGUGAAGGAACAUCCAUUUGGAGAACCUGCAAUAACGCCUUCACAUUCUGAUUGGGACUAUUAUUCCAAGAUAAUUCGGUUCUUUGAUAAGAAAGACAAGUGAUAUUGUGUUGAAGGAAUGCGUAUCAUUUCUAGUUGAGAUGUUUUUUUUUUCUAGUGAGUACAUGUCAGUAACAUUACUAAUAAUAAAGUGAUGAAACAUAUUACUAUAA